AUGCGACUACGGGACUUGAUACGUCAAGUACGGGCAGCGCGCACUAUGGCUGAGGAACGGGCUGUAGUUGAUCGAGAAAGUGCUAACAUCCGAGAGACGUUUCGGGACGAUGAUAGUCCAUGGAAAUGUAGAAAUAUUGCCAAAUUGUUGUACAUACAUAUGUUAGGUUAUCCGGCUCAUUUUGGACAAAUGGAAUGUAUGAAAUUAGUAGCGCAGCCAAGAUAUACUGACAAGCGAAUUGGCUAUUUAGGUGCGAUGCUGUUGUUGGAUGAGCGUUCUGAAGUUCAUCUUCUUGUAACAAACUCCUUGAAAAAUGAUUUAAAUGCGUCUACACAGUUUGUCACUGGUCUUGCACUUUGUACCCUUGGAUCAAUUUGUUCCUCAGAAAUGUGUCGCGAUUUGGCUGGUGAGAUUGAAAGACUAAUAAAGUCUAGUAAUACAUAUAUCAAGAAAAAGGCUGCUUUGUGCGCUUUUCGAAUUGUAAAGAAAGUACCAGAACUUAUGGAAAUGUUCAUUUCCUGCACAAAAUCUCUGGUCAACGAAAAAAAUCAUGGUGUAUUAAUUGGUGGAAUAACUCUUGUUACUGAAAUGUGUGAAAAAAGUCCAGAUGUACUUAAUCAUUUCAAAAAAAUGGUACCGAAUUUAGUACGCAUUUUAAAAAAUCUUUUGAUGAGUGGCUACUCACCUGAACAUGAUGUAACAGGUAUCAGUGAUCCAUUUCUUCAGAUAAAAAUUUUAAAACUUUUGCGGAUUUUGGGACGUGAUGACGCAAAAUCAAGCGAAGAAAUGAAUGAUAUUUUAGCGCAGGUAGCUACAAAUACUGAGACUUCAAAAAACGUUGGUAAUGCAAUCUUAUACGAAACAGUGUUGACUAUCAUGGAAAUACGAAGUGAAAGUGGUCUUCGUGUGCUUGCAGUAAAUAUUCUUGGUCGAUUUUUAUUGAAUCCAGAUAAGAAUAUUCGAUAUGUUGCAUUGAAUACUUUGUUGAAAACAGUGUCUGUCGAUUAUAAUGCUGUACAGAGGCACCGUACAACAGUCGUUGAUUGUCUGAAAGAUCCAGAUGUAUCUAUCAGAAAGCGUGCAAUGGAACUUUGUUUCGCACUUAUAAAUCAAACUAACAUUACAAAUAUGACGAAAGAAAUAUUGAUAUUUUUGGAGACUGCUGAUCCUGAUUUUAAAGCAGAAUGUGCAUCGAAAAUGUACAUUGCUACUGAGAAGUAUUCACCUAAUUAUGGUUGGCAUCUGGAUACAAUGAUUCAAGUUUUAAAAUUGGCAGGUAAUCAUGUACCGGAUGAAGUUGUUUCAUGCAUGAUUCAGUUAAUUUCAUCUCAGUCAGAAUUACAGCACUAUGCAACUUUACAGCUCUUUCGAGCUGCACAAGCAGAUGUUGUCAAUGCUCAACCAUUGUUACAAGUAGCGUUUUGGACAAUUGGUGAGUUUGCGGAUAUUAUUUUACAGUCGAGUGAUGAUGAUACAGUCAAGAUUGAAGAGUCGAGCAUUAUUGAUAUAUUUGAACGGAUUUUGCUGAGCAGUUUAACAAAUACCAUUACCAAAGCAUAUGCAUUAACAGCCCUGGCAAAACUAGACACACGCUUUUGUAUUACAAAUGGUCGUAUUCGUCAUUUGAUUGAAUCAAAUAUGACUCAUCUUCACUUGGAGCUUCAACAGCGUUCUGUUGAAUUUUCCCGACUAUUAAAUUACAGCGAAUUAAAGUAUGGCCUGUUGGAGAGAAUGCCUGUAAUAACAAAUAACACGUUAAAUGCAGCAGCUCAACCUAUUGAACGAGAUACUUUAAUAAAUGGAAGUGUUGCAACUGAAAACAGAUCGGAAACAAGUACUUUAGUGGAUGGUCUACAGGAUUCGUUGUUGUUUGAUUCCUCGCAAUCAGCAAAAGGGGUGUCGAAUUUGUUUGAAUUAAUGAAUAUUGACGUUCCUGAAGAUUUCGACAGUAGCUCAAAAUCUGCACCAGUAACGAAUGGCACAAAUUCAAUUAAUUUCUGGAGUAAUGAUUUGAUCAAUGACUUUACUGGAAAUGUAAUACCUUCAAAGCCAGAAGAGUCGACGGUGAAUGAUUCAGAUCCUUUCGAUAUAUUUUCAACGGAUGUCAUCAAAAUACCUUCACAGCCGUCGACAAUGGCAAUCAAUACAAAUGGGAUUGAAGGAAUACUUUAUGUCGAUAGUUUUUUCAAUCCAAAUAACGUAGCAACUUUAAGGCUUGUUUUGACUAACAAUAAUCCUUUGUUUGUGGAGGAUUUCAGUUUUCAAGCAGCUGUUACAAAGUCAUUCCAAAUAGAAUUAAUGCCACCGUCUAGCUCAAAUUUACCACCUAAUAGGGAAGGUACGAUUACACAAAUGAUGAGCAUUAAAAGGAUAUCAUCAUCUCAUCAACUGAAAAUGCGAAUCAAAGCAUUUUAUAACAUCGAUGGUCGACAGGAGCUUAUAGAGUGUGUAGUGUCGAAAAUUGAAGGGCUGACAUGA